UUAGGGAAGGCUGCAUGGAACUAGCUGGGAUUACGUAUCCAGGAAUGCAGACUGGUGGAAUCCUUAGUUUGUAAAUCUGCAAAAGCCUUAACGUCAAGGUUCAAUGAAUUUUCAACCGUUUUACAGGAAUGAAGCGGCUGCUGCUUUGGAUUCUAGUGGCAGGCAUCAUACUUCAGACCCUCACCGAGGACUCCAAGGCAGCUUCAGAGGAGGGUGGGAAUUCGAUGGAUUUUGUCCACCCAAAUAACCGCACUCAGUACUGCCACUGGCCCUGCCGGUGUCCGAAGCAGUUGCCCAAGUGCCCACCUGGCAUUAGCUUGGUGAUGGAUGGAUGUGAGUGCUGUAAGACAUGUGCCAAGCAACUGAGAGAGAACUGCACAGAGGCAGACACCUGCGAUUACCACAGAGGACUGUACUGCGACUAUAGUGGGGAUGCCCCUAGGUACGAAGUAGGAAUAUGUGCAUAUAUGGGUGGAGUCGGGUGUGAAACUCAAUGGAGCCAAGUACUACAAUGGUCAAAGCUUCAACCCAACUGCAAGUACAAGUGUACAUGCAUGAAUGGUGCAAUUGGCUGCAUUCCAGUGUGCAGGCAGUCCCGUCCUCCACUCGUCUGGUGUCAGAACCCCAAACGGAUAAAAAUGCCGGGAAAAUGCUGUGAGCUGAUAUGCGAUGAGUCAAAGAAGCUGAAGACGACUGCACCUCGCCAUGUGUCCAUGUCAGCUUACACAGGGAAAUCAGAAGUGUGGCACCAGAACUGCUUAGUGCAAACUACACCAUGGACUGCCUGCUCAAAGUCUUGUGGAAUGGGAAUAUCAACCAGGAUUUCAAAUGAAAAUGAUCAGUGUAAGCUAGUGAAACAAAGACGCCUUUGCUACAUAAGACCUUGCAACAUUGACAUUACCAAGCAUAUCAAGGAGGGGAAAAAGUGCCUCAGCGUCCUGAAGCAGGUGGAACCCAUGAACUUUACCUUAUCUGGAUGUGUGAGCCGACGCACUUAUCGACCCAAAUACUGCGGUGUCUGCACGGAUGACCGAUGCUGUACUCCCCAGAAAUCAAAAACCAUUGAGGUGAAUUUCGAUUGCCCUGAUGGUCUGGGCUUCUCUAAGAACAUGAUGUGGAUAAACUCCUGUUUCUGCAACUUAAAGUGCAAGAAUCCAAAUGACAUCUUUGCAGAUCUGUUGUAUUAUCCUGACUACUCUGAAAUCUCAAACUAAGUCUUAAAAAUGGAUACCCUUUGACCAACUGCUGACACGAGUGCCAAGAAUGCAGGAGAAUAUAUAUAUACGUUUUUAGCCUGAGGUAACGAUGGCAAUCUUGUAGCUGUUGUCAAUUGCCUGAAAGAGACGAGUUCUGUAUCUCAGCUCUGAGGAAUUAUUAUUUUUGACAAAAUAAGAUAAAUUUAUUUAGUGAAUGAAAAUAUUCACAAAAUGUUUAAAGAUAUUAUUUACUGAGGUGUCACUUUAAAUUCAAGAUUCAGCCUUUCCAUAGUUAUAUUUCAUGCCAGCACUUAAAAUGUGCAUUCCACCAAAUAGACUGAUUAUUAGAUAAUUGGUGUCUUAAAACCUCUUUUUAAGUUUUUCUCAUUUGGUAGCAAUCUAAAUUACAAGGUUGUGGGUAUAAUCUCUUGGAAAACCCAAGUUGGGGAGAAACUUUCAAGCACCACUUAAGCAACUACAUCCCUUCUGCUUUGAAUUUAAACUGAGUUGUUGUCUUCCCAGUCAAAUAAAGGUUUAAGAUCCAAUGGUACUAUUAUGUCCAGUGGUGUUAAUUAUGGUUUGCUCAUUGCACCUCUGCCAUCCAAGACAGCUGGUCAUGGGAUUCAAGCCACAUAUUAGUGUGUAUUCCAGGUUGCCAUUUCACUGUGACAAUGAGGGAGAAUAACACUGUUGGAGGUACUAUUUUUCCUGUGCAAUAUUCAAACUUUAGGAUAUCAAAGAUCCUAUUAUACUAUUUUGAAGAAAUUCAGAGAUAUUCCCAGUGAAAUAUAUGCCUCAACCAACAUCACUUAAAUACAAAUUCUCUCAUUAUUGCAGUUUGCAAAUUGAAUUAUCUCUGAAUAAAGGUGACUGCACUUCAAAAGUACUUCAUUGACUGUAAAUUAUUUGUUAUUCCUUGUAGUAAAAGCUGCUAUGCAAAAGCAAUCUUUCUUUUAUUUGAAGAAGGGCA